AUGCCCGACCACUGGUCCUGUCCGAGUUUUGGCUUACCUGAAACUUGUGAAGCCAGCGUUACGGCGACCGGCUCGGCCAAUGGGAUAAUCCGUAGUGAGAGAUCGACUACUUCCACAGAUAUUCAUCUGCCCGUGAGGCCAUUUUCUCCCAGCAGACAGCCUCCAGUUCCGGGCCUAUCACGCACACACACAAACUGUCUGUUGGUACCAAUCGUCGUGAGAGUCGGCUUACCUCUGCCAACCUCUUCAACCAUAUCGUCCAGGCUGUCUACGCCUGUCGGGCCCAAGAAGUCUAACUUGUGUGUCUCCGGGCCGAAAAGAAUAGAGCCUCGUGCCGUUGCUAGCACGACAGACGGAACCGGCCCGCCAGUCAGACUCGUCUCAAUUCACCCCUCCCCGCCCAACGUCCAACUUAAAACUCCCAUCUCCUAUCCCUAUCUGACCCAGUUGCCAUGGCAACGCGAGAGUGAACGCGAAACCUGUCGACCCCAGCCGACUGCCUCCUCUAGAUCCUCAACCUCCGUCUCAAGGUUAUAG